GAGUUGGAGCGAUGGGCAUUGACGAACUUUCCGUUUUUUUUGUUUUUUAAUCAUGCCAUGAGUAGAUGGGCACAUGUUGAAGGCCGACACGCUUCCAGGCGCCGCUGGUUUCACUUCCUUAGCCAGCGAGGAAGGGAAACCAACGGGAAACCCACUGUUGCACUUAGUUCGAACAUCGCCGAAAGGUCGCGGAGGACACACAGCUGGCUUCCAGGGAGAUGGCUGCACACGAAAGAGCUAGCCGUUCUUUCGUGCUGCUGGGGAUUCAGUACAGCCGAAGCGCUGGUUGACUGCUCCAGGAGCCCCAAUUGCACUGCACUGCGGCGGCAGCCAUGCUCAGAGAGGGGCUCGAUUGCAAAUGCGUGUGGUCACUGUCUCCCUGGCACGCAGGGAGGCGACGGGCCAAUGAACACAGUUUGCCUCUCAAAGACGGCGUGUUCGGCCAUCUAUCCCGGAGAGGACACUUGUAACUUUGCGGCCAGUAACGGAGUGGGCGUUCCAUUCCCGGUCCCUUUCGGCAGGUGCGUUUGUGAUGAUGGAUCAGGGAGAUUCUGGCCGACUGCACCUGGCAAGUGCGCACGAGUGGUUAUCAAGUUUGCAGCUGGCAUUGGCGAAUACGAGGUUCAACAGUGCUCGCGCGGGUGCGAUGAUGCCACAUGCGCGCCCCUCGCUUUAUGGCCACCAAACAUCUCCCAGAGCCAUUACAACGACGUCCUUUUCCAGUGCAAGCUUGCAGGGGAAGAUUCAGUGCAGCUGCUCGACAACUGUGACGAUGUCACCAGCCAGCUCACUCCCUCGUCCUUUUGCGGUCAUACAGGAUUCACGGCAACAAGUUCAAUCUAUGAUGCCUUAGGUGACCUGCCUGUUGAUUGCGAACUUGCACCACGUUGUCCUGCGAGUGUGUUGGAGACAACCCGGUUGGAGCAAUCCUGCUGUUUCGGCACUCCUUGGUCAAUGAAGCUCGACUCUUUGGGGCAGGAGCUGGAUCAAUCAGCCUCUGGAUUCUGCCAAAUGGUCAUGCAGGCAGACCUGAAUGAGAGCAACUCAAGUGUCACGAGCUCUUUUGACUGUUUGGUGAAAACCUCAGCGCCUGGAUGGUCGGGCUGUGCCUGCCUGGAUAGCUCGGGCUUCCUCCAAGCCGGACGCACUUGCACCGUCAAGUGUGAGCAGCCAGAUUGCAACUUGCCAGAGGAUGGCAUACGGCCAGUGCCCACCGGCUGGCUGAGUUCUGAGGUGGAUCCCUCCUUGCUAGUUGACCAUGGCAAGUUGGUCUCCUCAGCAGCGAACCACAGGCAUUUAUGGCCAUUGCUUUUGCUCAUCCUCACGGCAGAGCGUCUCGCCAGAGUCGCCUGAGCGCAAAACCAUGAUUGAAAGUGCCAGGUUUCACAGCAUGCAUGCGUCAACAUGUUUGUCUUGCUAAGCAAGACGUGAGCGAUAUGAUCUCGCAGACC